UUUAUUUCUUCCUCUUCUCUGUGUGUGCAGGAAGUUUGAAGAUGUCGUCGGAGAGGAACCCCGAGGUGGUCAGCUGUGAUGCCUCCAUCAUGAAGAACGUCUGGGAGAUCAGACUGAGAGAAUAUGGACAGAAGCUGCAGCUGGAGCAGGAACGAGUGGAGAAGAGCGCUCUGCCAACAAUUAACCAGGAGUGGGCGAACCGUUGUGCUGCCAAGGCGGGAGGCUACAAAAGAACGGAAAGGAAAGUGAAACGCCCCGAAACUCAGCCAGAAGACAAUGUCUGGAAAAGCAAGCCAACCGCAGCAUGUCCACCUCUUCCUCGUGGCUCAGGUUCAGGGCCUCAGGGUAGAGCAGUCCAGAGCCGAGGCUUCUCCACACCGGCCUCCAAGGACAAGAAGGUGCAGGACAAGAGCACCGCCAGGCUACAGCUGCUCAUGUCCAUCCCCCAAACUCAACCUUCUACUAUGGUGUGGGGAAAAUCAUGGAAGUUCAGCAAAGGCUUGGCGCCACCAGCAGAGGGCACCACAAACUGGGGCCACUGCUGGAUGUUUGCUACCCAGCAGCCGUGGUCGGAGGCAGGCAAGCCCUGGCCAAACGGGCCCAACUUGAUGGAUCCUCAAAACCUUCAUUUCUGGAUAAAAUCCAACUAUAGGAUGGUGGAAUCGCAGGAGUUGGACUUGGAUCUUCCCGCUGAGGUGUGGCAGAUGUCCUGGAAGAAAUCUGACAAGUACAGUAAGAAGCAUGCAUCUUCUGCAAAUGGAGAGAAUGAAGCGAAAUCUGGAUUCUUUACCUCGCUGGUGGAGACUCAGCACCACAAUCAAGCCUUAUCUUCAUCGGAGUGGAGCGAUUCAUGGAGAGCCACGAAGCCGGCAAAUCAGCAGGAUCAUUUCGCAGAUGAGGGUUUUAUGAAUGAGUCUGCGGCUAACAAGCAAGAUAUGGUUACAGAGAUGAGUUCGGAUUGGAAAGAAUGUUGGAAGUUAGUCAAUUACCACGGAUGCAGCAACUUCAAAAUGCGUCAAUCUAAAAAAUUUAACACUCAAGAGUGGGUCAGUUCAUGGAGAGCAGCCAUGGGGGUCUCCAACAACCACAACAAUUCUGAUUCUUCCUUGAAGCAAGACCAGAAUAAUAGUUAUGAUAACGCCUAUCUCCACAAAUCCAUGCCUAUGUCCCGUGAACAUAAGCACACAGAUCUGUACAUGCAGCUCUGCGAUGAUUUUAAGGCUCUGUCUGAGUGGGCCAAGUCGUGGGAGGUGACCAAAAACAACACGAAACCUUGUGAAGAAAUCGAGAAGGUCCUGAAGGCACCACCGCCAAAGAUGGAUCCUUCUGUGGAGACUCAAAAGAUGGAGAAGAACCCUCUGGUGCAGCAUUCGACAUCUGAGAAACCAGACCCACGGUACAAGCAGCUGAAGCACGACAUAAUCUAUCGGCCAGCGAGAGAAUUCACCCAGUUGAAGUUGCUUCUUCUCAAACACAUGGAGAAAACUUUGCCUUCCUCAGAAUGGAGGGACGCCUGGCAGAUGAUAAAACAUAGAAUGAGGCAGGAGAGAAGAAGAAUGAGACCGAAUCCUUUGAAUCCUUUUGGAGAGUCCGAGAACCGGAGAGAAACCAGGCCCAGUGCAUCGGAGUGGAAGGACUCGUGGAGAUACACCUGCCACCCUUUGCGUCAGGAGCCUGAACAGUGGCAGCAGGGUUGGACCUCCACACCUCAAAUUCGUGAAAAUUAUGCAAUGCACCUGAACCACUUUGCACCUGUGGAGCUGCCAAAGAAUGGGCCAACUGGGGAGAGGAGCUGGGUGGAAUCAUGGAGGUUCUCCAGACGCCAGCAUCGGUCAAAUUCUGCACAAAGUACAGCACAAACCAGCCAAGGAAGGUCGAGCGCAGCUUCCCACCAUUCUGCUGAUAAUUCUCGGGCACAUAGAAGGCAGUCAAGGCCGGUUUCUGACUGGCAGUCGUCCUGGAUGGUCUCCGAAACUCAGUUCCAUCACGACAAUCCCUCCCUAACUCAGUGGAGGGAAGCCUGGCAGUGGUCCGUCUACCACACAGAGAACUGGGUUGAACAUGUGCCCAGAGAGAACUGGCGGGAUGAUUUAUUCGAGAUCCAACCCCUGACAGAGAGGAUCUCCACGGAGAGAGUCAAGGCUAAGAUGAGCCGAUCCUUCGACAACCAGAUGUUCAGGCAAAGAUACCCUGAGAAAGAGUGGAAUCCUUCAUGGAGCUCUGCAUCAUUUCUGCGCCAUCAAUCGAGUCAUCAUGGAUCUUCAGGAACAACUGGGCAAAGUGGAAGCAGCGUUUCUCAGCAGCAACGCGGCAGCGCCAGUGAAUAUGGAUGUAAGUGGGGUAGAUCUUUCAGGCUCGCCAAUCCCAUGCCACAAAUGGACCAGCCCUGGGUGGAGUCCAACCCUAACGCCUGCUAUUAUCCAGUCAUGUGGUCAAGAGGAAAGAAAACACAGAAGAACAUCAGAACCGAGUUUUGCAACAACCCCACGACCUUCAAGCUUUGGGGAACCUCCCAUCGGUUCCUGCAGGGCACCGGUGCACAGACCAAAGACAAAACCAAGUCCAAAGGACCCACUGACCCCAUGGUGAUUAUUCCAAAGAAGAGCAAUACAAGGAAGUAUUUGUUCUCCACUAUUGAGAAGGAGAAGCAGUCUGAGAGGAAAUGGGCAGGAUGCCAUCUGCUGGGUAAAACCCAGCCACGUCCCAAGAGAGGUUCUGGUCCAGCAAAAAAGGUGAGGCUUGAAAAUUCUAGCAAUGACAAGUUUGUUGAGGAGUGGGCAGAAUCCUGGAGGUUCCUGGUCCAGCCCGGCAGUUUGAAAAAGAAGAUGUCCUUGAAGGCACCAUCUGGCUGGGAUGAGGCUUGGAAGUUCCUCGUGCCACCGUACCAACCUAUGAAUGGCCCAAAAGGGAGAUAGACUUAAACUUUUAGCUUAAAUUUUAUAUGGACUUUAAAACUGGGUACAUUAAAUUGUGUCAGAAAAUUAAAAAUUUUUCACAACCUGCAAGUUUUCUUCAUUUCUGACUUGUUGAGAAAGUGUUUGUGGUGGUCAGGUGUCAUUAGAAUAGCACAUAUAAGCUAACAUCUACUUUGCAAAGCACAUUUUUAUCCAAAUAAACUGAUGACGAAUAAAUGGUUACAUAAAAAUGGUACACUACGUCUGCUUUUUGGUAUUAUGAAAAAAAACCCAACUUUUAUUUGAUAUCUAGACUGCCAAACCUAAUUUUUGAAGCACUAACAGUCAACUAAAACCACACAAACACAACAAGUAAUCAUUAUAUUUCUUGGCUUAAUCAGGACAGAGUUAUGUUUAAGGCCACCAUGAAAGAGUUGGGCACAUUGGUUGAACCUGAUGGUUAAUUAAAGGCUGAAAAAAUGUCCUCACGUCCACAACCUAAGGGCUAAUGGUAACUGAGACAUUUUUUUUGACUGCUGGUUACUGUAAUAAUCAGAAUUAGUACUAUUGAUGGCAGGCAAACAGAAAAUUGAGAUAAGACUGUGAAGAGGAAAGCUGUAAGUUGUAAUGAUGAAAGGACUGGAAUGUUUAGAGAAGGUAGAAGCACAAAUAUAGAAGGAAGUUCAUUAUUGUGUUUAUGAGAGUUGAUGUAAUGGCAGUCGUAUUUUGAUUAAAAUAGUACAAAAGCUAACAAUUUGUUUUGCAUAUUUUGUGCUCUGCUGCAAAAACACAAAUAACUCAGUGACUCAGCAUGUUUUGGGUUUGACACAUCGAUACGAAAAGUUUCCAAAUCAAAUCAGACUAUCUACCUUUAUUUUAGUUUUGUGGUACAACUUGUCAAACCUACUCAGUUAAUUAUAAAAGUUCAACACAAAUAAAUAUUCUCUAUGUUUAGUUUGGUUUUAUUGUGACCUGCAGCUACAUGUGGUUCAGAACAUAUCACGAGUUGACUUCUGGACUUUUUUUUUCUUUAAUGUGCUCAGAGGUGGAACUUCUCAUGAUGACUUCAAUGUUUUUUUUUUCAUAUUUUAACUCAGUCAUUAUCAGAGGUUAAUGGAUCAACUUGUCCAAUAUUACAGAUUCUAAAUCAACAGCAUGAUGAAAAAAAAACAGUGAAAAUUUUAGGUUUUUAUCUUUAACAGUUCCUCAGAUAUUGCUAUUCAAACAGACUCAAAUUUCAAUGUGAAAAAAAAUGCUGAAACUGGGUCGAGUUGUGGUGAUUUAAUUGGUAUCUUAAAGGACGUCCAGGUUAAUUAAGGUUACUUCUAGAGAUGACAUCCUUUUAUUUUGAUGGUAUUCCUGUGGAAAAGUAAAGAAAUGCACUCAGCAAUUACUUAUUAUUCCCCACACAAAUGAUCCAUUUAUAGUUUUUCAAUAAAAGAUUUGGUUCAGCAAACAUCAGGCUUUACUUGUGUAGAUUUUCUUUCUUUGUUUAGCGGGUGAACAGAACUGUAACUCCCAUGUUUUCAGGUAUUUGUGGGAUGUCUUUGUUAUAUCAUGAACUGUGUAAAGUUAAAUGGACAGGAAUGACUUGAAGACAGCUUUUGUUUCUUGCUUCAUUUGUUAUAAUGUUGAAUAAACCAUGUUCUAGCUUUGAUUUAUUGA